AUGUCAGUGGAAAUCCCCAAAACCCAAAAGGCCAUAAUCGUUGACUAUGACAACGGCCCAUUACAAUACAAGGACAUUGCUGUUCCCCCAAUCAAACCCAACGAGAUAUUAGUCAAUAUCAAGUAUACGGGAGUAUGUCAUAGCGAUUACCAUGCCUGGAGAAACGAUUGGGAAGAAACAAAUUUGAAACAUCCGCUCAUUCUUGGCCACGAGGGUGCUGGUAUUGUUGUUUCAAUGGGGGAAGAUGUACAAGGCUGGGAGAUUGGUGAUUAUGCUGGUGUAAAAUUAAUCAAUUCCACCUGUUUAGUCUGUGAUUAUUGUCAACAAGGACGUGAAACUGCUUGCAAAUUGCAAACUUUACAUGGCGUCACUUGUGAUGGGACAUUUCAACAAUAUUGUGCCACUGAUGCCAUCCAAGCGGCCCAAUUACCCCACGACAUUGACUUGAAAUCAGUGGGACCAAUUUUGUGCGCUGGAAUCACCGUUUAUACUGGAUUGAAAGCAUCAGAAGCCAAACCGGGGCAAUGGGUCGUCAUCUCGGGAGCUGCUGGGGGUUUAGGCUCAUUGGCAAUCCAGUACGCCAAUUGUUUGGGAUUGCGAGUAAUUGGAAUCGAUGGAGGAAAGGAAAAGGGCGAAUUCAUUAAACAAUUAGGUGCUGAAGCAUUUAUUGAUUUCACUGAAGCCAACGAUAUUGCUAAACUAGUUAUGGAGAUUACCAAAGGUGCUGGAGCUCAAGCGGCAUUAAAUGUAACUAGUUCGGAAGCAUCCAUACAACAAAGUGUAUCGUACGUCAAGCCAUAUGGAACUGUGAUUCUAAUUGGCUUACCUCCUCAAGCAAAACUUAGUAUUGAUGUUAUGAGUACUGUGGUCGAUCAAGUAACCGUUAGAGGUUCAUAUGUAGGAACUAAGCGAGACACCACUGAAGCUGUUGGGUUUUUCGCCAGAGGAUUGAUUAAAUGUCCCAUUAAGGUCGUGGGAAUGACUGAGGUAGGAAAAGUAUUUGAAGAAAUGGCAGAGGGAAAAAUAUUAGGUCGGUAUGUUCUUGAUACAUCAAAGUAA